CAGCAGUAAAACUAUUCGGAUACAAAGUAAUGCUUAGUAUUUCCUCCUCAAAACAACUAAAUUCCAUGCUAUCGAGAAAUUGCGUUACCCUGGUUGAAAUGGAUGCCAUAAAGUACACUACAUGAUUAAAUCCUUCCACUUUAUUUGUAGGCUAAGAACUUUGUACAUUUAUUAGUGUCAUACUAAAAUUUCAAACCUUAUUCCACAGUCAAACAGUAAUUAUAGUGAUUUAUCAUUUUAACUCUAAGAUAGAAUACUUGAACCAUGCAGACGAAAUUUGAAAUUCCAUUUCGAACAAUAAGAAUUGGAUCAAUGAAAUCAUUUCCUGCUGCAAUAUCUAAUUCAAAUCUAAAAUUUACCAAAUAUUCAAUGAAAUUCAAAGUUGUCCUGGAGCAUAAAAGAAAUGAACCUAUUAAAUUUGUUAUUCCGACAAGUGGUAUCCAGCUUUUAGAAGGAUAUGUCAGCAGGGGAUGUCCUGUAAUCUGGGUGACAACUGAUGUUCAGACUGCAAGAAGAAUACGGAAACUAUGCGGAAUGCAAAGUUCAUCUCAUCCGACUCCUUAUUUCGAUCCAGAAUCCAAGGAACUUGCAAAUCGCCGCUUGUCAAUUAUACCUGCUGAUGAUCCAAUCAGUAAUAAACAAAUGUCCAAGUUUCGCACAAUAGUUCGAAUUAUUGCUACUGAACGCAAAGUUGACUGGGAUUCAGUUUUUCUUGAACUCUCAAGAAUGGAGUGUAAUGAUCAACUUAUGAAAUGCACCAAGUAUAUUUCUGAUCUCACCCAGGUUCAAGCUAGAAUGAAAAUCAAACAAGAAGCUGAAAAGGAUCCUAAUUCCCCAUUGUAUGUUAAGUCAGAAUCUUUGCAUGAGCUGCAAAAUGCAAACACGAGUGAAGCUAUAGUCAUAUCUUCAGAUGAUGAUGAUGAUAUUACAAAGAACAGCGAUAUAAGUUUGUCUGAAAAGGAGAAUAGUCCAAUUCACACAAACAGUGCUGAAAUUGCCAUUUCGGAAAUCAGCGGAAGCUCAGAACAUUUAAUAACUCCAAGUCCUGAUAUAGCCGAUUUUGAUGGCGAUAAGAGGCCAGAAACACCAAAUUCGAAUAUCAACGAGGCCGAUGAAAGAUCGGACAUAAAAGUAUCAUCGAUAGAGUCAAAGCGCAAAUACGCUACAAGUUCUUCAAAUCAAGAAUCGGAGAUUAAGAGACGUCGAGAGGAUAAUAUCGGUAAUUCAAUUUCUAGUGUUGAUUUCUCAUCUGAAAACAUUUCAAAAAAUACGUCUAUGUUUUCAAGCAAUUCACUGCAGAAUGAAAUGAUCACACCAGAGCCAAACAAUGGAAGUGUUGUUGAUAAAGUAAGCAAUCUACCAUCCAGUAAAAUAACUUAUAAAACAGUUCGUGGAACUGCAUCAUUAUCUGCUGAUAUGCAAACCCUAUAUCAUGAUAUGGAGAGUAUGCUUGGUGCCACUCCACUCUGUAUUUGUGUUGUUAAGUCCCAGUAUGUUCUUAAUCCAUCACAUCACAAAAUUACAUGUAUGGCAAUCGAUAACAUUGAUGGCAGAUUAACUGGUUGCAUGAAUAAUGUUUCUGAGCCGUACAUGAUGAGAGCUUCUAAAAAUCUUCCUGCUCAUGGAUUGUGCAGCGAACAUCGAGCUCGCAUGUUACAACAUGAGUGUUGUCCAGGCUGUGGCACUUUUUGUGCAGGUGGCACAUUUCUUGUAUGCAACAGCACUCCCCAACAUCAACACCGAUUUCAUCGAAAUUGUCUAGUGCUAAUGAGACAUAGCAUGGAUUGUCCUCAUUGUGGUUGCCCUAUGUCGAAUGUUCAGGAAGUCUCUGUUAAUCCAAGUGCCGAUUUUCUGAAAAAAUAUGAAGAAGAGCAGUCAGAAAUUAUUGAAAAGUCGCCUGAAAAGUUGAAACAAUCAUGUUAUCCUAAUUGUGUUAUUCGUAUUCCGGGAAUUACAAAACCUUUUCCUGAAUUUAUGCUUUUUCAAGACAAUACUAAACUAAUGCCAGAUCGUGAGAACUUGGAUAUUUUGAUUCAAAGCUUAGAAACAGACUUACCAAAGAAACUUCGAUUUCAAGCGAAAAAUUUAAUUCAGCUUGUAAAACAAGGAGAUGCUGUUAAAGUUCUACAAUUGUUGUGUGGGACAGGUGGCAACCCAAAUGCUCGUAACAGUUCCAACCAGAGGACAGCGCUGCACGAAGCUGUUGCUCGUGAUAGCUUGGAAAUUGUUCAUUUGCUUGUUACUGCUGGUGCAGAUGUCAAUGUCCACGAUGAAGAUGGUAAGACUCCUCUUUUUUAUGCAGAACAGCAAAACAGACUUGACAUCGUCAAAUAUCUAAUUACUUGUAAUACAAGUUUGGUGCAUAGCGACUCUGAAGGAAUGGUGCCACUCCAUCAUGCCGCCAAAAAUGGGAGACUCGAGUCAUGUCUAACAUUAAUGAAAUAUGGCAGCAAAAAUCAAAUAAACUGCUUGGAUGAAGGGGGAUGGACUCCUUUAGUUUGGGCAGCGGAGCAUAAACGUACAUCUACCGCUCAAUGCUUGAUGUAUUAUAAUGCCAAUAUGCAUACUGUGGACCAAGAAGGUAAUAUUUGCUUGCAGUGGGCAGCUUUAGCAGGAAACAAAAAGAUUUUACUGAUGUGUUUGAAAAAAAAUUGUAAUAUAGAUCAUCAAAAUAUUCUUGGUGAUACUGCAUUGCAUAUUGCUGCUCGUGAAGACAAUCGUGAAUGUGUUGUUUUGCUUCUUGCAUGGGGUGCCAAUCCCCGCAUCAAGAAUAAUGAAGGUCGCUUCCCUGCACAAUGUGCAAAAGAACCUUCAUUAUGCCAAGUUGCACUUCUCAUGAACGCGGCUACGCGAAAUGCAAUUACAGAUCACAAAGGUUUUGAACCACUUGAUCGUGAACGAUUACUUUCAGCUGAUAUAUCAAGAGGAAAAGAAAAUAUAGCAAUCUCAUGCAUUAAUGCUGUUGAUGAAGCUCCAUGUCCUGUUAGUCCACCUCAUGAAUUUUUAUACAUUUCCAAAAAUAUUUACAAAUACACAAAUGUAAAUGCUAUUAUGCCUACCAUGACUUCAUGCAAAUGCACACAGGAUUGCACAUCAUGUGAGUGUGGAAAACAAAGUGGACAAUGUUGGUAUGAUGCAUCUGGUCGAUUAUUGCCUUCAUUUAAUUUCAAAAAUCCACCUUUUAUUUAUGAAUGUAACCCAUUAUGUAAGUGCUCUCGAUCUUGCAGGAAUCGGGUAAUUCAAAAUGGUGGUGUAAGAUUCCGCAUUCAAGUAUUUAGAACUCCUAAUAUUGGCUGGGGUGUUCGAGCAUUAGAACCAAUCCCACGUGGAUCAUUUGUUUGUGAAUACAUUGGUGAGGUCAUUGCUGAUGGUGACGCUCGUGAUGAUGAUUUCUACUUGUUUGAUCUUGAUAAUAAACCGGGUGGCUCUUAUUGUAUUGAUGGACGAUCUUAUGGAAAUGUAUCUCGCUACCUCAAUCAUCACUGUGAGCCAAAUUUGGUUCCGGUUCGUUUCUUUUUCGAUCAUCAAGAUAGUAAUUUUCCUCGAAUUGCUUUUUUUGCCAUGAAAGAUAUUGCAGUAGGUGAACAGCUGUGCUUUGAUUAUGGUUCUGGAUUCUGGGAUGAAAAAUGUGAAAAUUUUACAUGUGAAUGUGGUGCAACCAAAUGUAGAUUUUCAGAAAAGGCAUACAGAAAAAAAAGAAAGGAAAUGGAUGAUAUAUGAUCUUGUUCAGACUGUCACUACAUAGUGAAUGUAUUGUCAAAUGGAUCCGAGAAAAUCCAGAUGAAUUGAACUCUGUUACCAAUACCUUCAAGUAAUAUUUUCGAUUUUCUCUCCUGGCAUAUAUUUUUGUGUAUUCAAAUUUGAUGUUUAGCUUUUUUGAAGUAAGGUAUUUCACAGUCAUACUAAUAGAAUAUAUCAUUGGGGGCUCCAGAAGUGUGUGUACCAAUAUGAAGGUAACUAAUUUUGUUCACCUAAUUUACAUGAAGUUGUGUAAAGGGACUGAAAUCUAUGGGCAGGGGGUAUAUUCACUUGACUAACACAGACAGUCCUUGAACUUGUAAUAAAAAAGGAAAAUCAGAAUAUAAUUAUGGCGUAACAUCAAUUUUACGCUGAAUUUUAGAUUACGGUGCAAUACUUGUCUCACUUUUAAUAGAAGUAUGUGUAUGCCAUUCAAAUUUGAAUUUGGUUAUGAUUACUGUUUUUUACUGUAAUACUUUUCUAAUUUGAAAAAUAAUCCUACUUUUCCAAUAUGCCUCUAAUAAUUCAAUCAAUCACAGAAGCAGAACAAGGCUUGUUCUCAGCAAGGCUCUUGAUAACCAGCUAUUUAAUUAAAUGCUUGGAGCUGCUUAAACGUAAGGACAAGAAUUUUUGGUUUUAUCAAGUAAUUUGCAAUAGAACUGGAAUUCUUCAACGGAAGACAUGAUUAUUUUUUAGUUUUUUGCUGCUACAGAAAACAUGUUUUUGUAUUGAAUAUUUUUUUGAAGGCAAUUUUGAUUGUGCAUAUUGUAGCAAUAAUCUUUGGAAAUAAUAUUUGAGGUCUUAAUAUGGUUGUUUGUUUUAAAACAAACAUAAUACUCAAUACUUUUUUCAUCUUGGCAUGGUCAAAUUUUACUAUUCACUAAUUCAGUAUUAUUCAAUAAUACAGAAAAUAUUGAGAAUGAAUAAACAAAGUUAGGACCUCCUGAAGUAUGCACACCAAGAUAGCGCCCAACCUGAACUCAGGUUGUGUACCAGGUUAGGGUUCAGGUUAUGCGACAUCUUGGUGCGCAUACUUCAGAAGCACCCAAAUUUACAAUAUCGUUGAGACUAAUAUUCUCGCAAAAAAGAUCAAGUUUUUGCUAUAUUUCAGUGAUUGUGGGUCUUCAUACUGGUUCCAAAUCUUUCAAAUUUGAUCAAUAUUUUGUUUUAACCUAAGUUGGUGUCAAAAAAGUUUUUACCGCAAACCCCAUUGAGCCAGCUAGUGACCACCCCCAGUUUUGAAGAGCCUUGGUCUAACUAAAGCAUAAUUAGCUAAUUGACCCCUUUUCGUCCACUGUAUAUCACAAUAUUGCUAGGAAAUUUGAUAGAAGAGCAAUUACACAUUAUGUGUCCAUGUUUAAUUCAUGAUUCAAUACAGAUCAACAGUUAUAUAUGCUAGUACUUUUUGAAACCGAUACCAUCUUAUAGAUCUUUAAAUCAUAAUUAUUGUACAGUUUUUCAUCUUUCUUUCUGCUCCUACUUUUUUUCAUUUUAAGCAAGUCUCAUUUGUUGAAUUUUUUUGUUCUAAG